UCCGGCCUGAGCCGGAAGCCCCGACUGUAGCUUCAUCCGGGACGGCGCUUGGGCGGGCCAACCCGGAGAGGAGGCACAGAGCAUGGAGAAUGAUGAACUUCCGUCAGCGGAUGGGAUGGAUUGGAGUGGGAUUGUAUCUUUUAGCAAGUGCAGCAGCAUUUUACUAUGUUUUUGAAAUCAAUGAGACUUACAACAGGCUGGCCUUGGAACACAUUCAACAGCACCCAGAGGAGCCCCUUGAAGGAACCACAUGGACACACUCCUUGAAAUCUCGGUUGCUCUCCCUGCCUUUUUGGUUUUGGACAGUUAUUUUUCUGAUACCUUACUUACAGAUGUUUUUGUUCCUUUAUUCUUGUACAAGAGCUGACCCAAAAACAGUGGGCUACUGUAUUAUUCCCAUAUGCUUGGCAAUUAUCUGCAAUCGCCACCAGGCAUUUGUCAAGGCUUCUAAUCAGAUCAGCAGACUACAACUGAUUGACACGUAAAAUCGCUUUUUUCCUUACAAGUACAAAACUGCCAGUACUAUAUGGAGCCUGAUCACAAGACUGCAGUUUCUUCACAGAUCUCAGGAAGUUGUGGUGGGACAGAUGUUUUUUAAAAAAUGUGAUUGGGGGCUGUCUUUAUCUGAACAAUAAGGAAUUUUUAGGUAAAGCCUGAGAUACAGUACUACAAAAUCAUGUUGAUGACUUCAGAUUUUGGAAGUAAAAUUUUACCUGUUAUUUGCAUUCUUUAGAAACUUGAGUAAGUACCUGGACUCAUAUUUUUAUUCUACUGUGCAACAUAGUGAUGAUUCAGAAAUUUUUCCUUUGGGGAAAAAAUGAAUAUGAACAUUUCCAUUGUGUUUAAUGUAAAGAGGUCCAAACAUGGUCAUAAAAUUUAAAUUUUAUACAA